UUUCUAUUAUCAGGUGCGCUGAAGUUUACCAGAACACCUGAAAACUCAUUUCUUGCUCUGGAGGGCGACAAUAUUACCCUUGAAUGGAGGUAUACAUUUGUCGACGGGGAAUCAUUCCUUUCAGCGUCAUUUAGAAUGGGUAGAAGAAAGGUUGUGGACAAACAUAACGGCAACCGUGAUAGCAAACCCAUAAUACAACGCGCGUACCGUCGUCGCUUACACGCGAACAUGACAAAUGAUUACACAUCAAUUACUCUCCUCGCAGUGAAUAGAUUGGACAAGGGAAGCUACACGAUAGAAAUAAGUAGUCUACCAAACGCAGAUGCAAAUACAAGUGAAGUGGAGAUUUCAGUACUGUGUAAGUACAAAGAAACUUUGGAAACAAUGUUACACAAGCAAACAAGAAAUCAUUUCAGUAGUCUUUAACUUUUUCUAUAUAUUGUGAAUAAUAAUUCUAACUGAUUGAGUCAAACAUUGAGCACCUUCGCUCCGCUCAAGACUCGUUUAAGACAACAUUGUAGCUUGUUUGGGGAGAAUACCUGCUGUUUAGUGAAGUUAGAUGUCCUCUUUAACCGUAGAGGAAAUCUUGUUGGCCUAAGUUCAGCCCUACCUGGACCGGCGGCUGUUGUUUACCGUACGCUGUUAGUGAAGAGGACAUAAGAUCAUCCCGGCAUAGGCUAAGAGAGGUGGUAGGCGUAGACAGGUGACCGAUAAAGCUGGCAUCGAGGAUAUACAUCGAGCAUACAUGACCGACCACAAGAGCGAAAGUUAGACCAGUUGUAUGAUUUUCACCUGCGCAAUUGCGACCGGUAUUUUUAAAGUUUAUAUUGGAUUGCUAAGCCAAAAAAAAACAUCAGUUAAAAACCGUUAUUCGUUGUUAGUACCAGUGAUCAAUAGAUGUUUACAACUAUUAGUGGACGAAAUUGUUUUCGACGGUGUUUUUUAUGUUAAUUUUCUGUAUUGUUUGUUGAUAAUUACAGAUUUAGAUCAACCAAAUAUUGCUUCGACGGAUACUAGACCUGUAGAAGGAACAGCUGUGACUUUUUAUUGUAAUUCUAGUGGAGAACCACAGCCGACAACUUCUUGGACAAUGAAUGGAUCUCCCUUAGAUACGAACAGCAAUUCUGGUAUUUUUUUCACGGAUGAUAAGAAGCACCUAACGAUAGUGAACGUAAGCAGAACAGACAGCGGAGAAUAUCAAUGUGUGACAAACAACAGUCUUGGAAAUAUUUCUUCCAAUGCAAGUAUACUGAGAGUCCAACGUAAGAAAACUUUUCCUUUCUUUUUCUUGUGAAUCAUCGCAUUUAAAUAGCUGAGUAAAUUAUUUGCUCAAUUUUGAAAUGUUUGUGAUCUUUAAUCCUAGUUUACCAUUUUCAUAAGUUUAUAAAGUGCCAAAGAGUCAUUGACUUACGAAGCAAUGACUAUGUAAACUCUUAUGCAACUGUUACUUAGCUGUUGUUUUAAUGCUCCCAAGUAACCAUGAAACUUCCUAUUUUGUCUAUGUUGUAAUAAACAUUAUAUAAUAAGCUCAGUUAUACAAGCAUUUUGAUUGGUUCUCACUUAUGAUCUAUUGGAGGACAGACGUAUGGAUGACGUCAUCAUUAAAAACUUUUUUCCGAAUAUUUUAAUUCUUUAUUAUAAAGAACAAAUAGAUUCCAAGUUGCCGUGCGUCUGUUCAGUAAUAGAUCACAGAGGACGUCAAAAUGUGGUAAGAACAAUCAGUGCGCCUCGUGUGCCACUUUUUUGUUCUUACCACAUUUUGACGUCAUCUGUGAUCUAUUACUGAACAGACGCACGGCAACUUGGAAUCUAUUUGUUGAAUACUUCAUGACAAUUCAGUCAAUAUGUAUAAUGAUCAAUUUCAAUCAUUUUUAGAUUGUAGGAGGUACCGCUAAUUGAUUCCACCCACCCGUUUAUUAGCUUACGAACAUUAUUUGCACUCUCGUUUUGGAAAAUUAAAAUUCGAAUCAUUUUGAUGGGUGCAUCAUCUACAAGUCCUUUUCACAAAGUUCCUUUUCUUUUCAAUUUUUUUUCGUUAAUUUGAUUUAGGGCACAAUACUGUUAUCUGUUGCCACUGUCCCACUAGACUUUAAUAUCAAUCUAAAAAAUCACAUUCCGCACCUAUCCACAUUUUGGUCCCUAAUAGUACUGUUUAGACUUCUAUGGAGCGGAUCAGAAAUACCUCCUUCUUUCGAGGCAACUGUAAAUGUUACUUUCUUCUCUUUAAAAUAAUGUGCUGGUGAUUUUGCUUCUCUCAUACGGACGGUUGUAGAUAAACCCAAGAUCAACCCUCUUCUACAAAUGAUUCACAGAACCGAAGGAGGCGAGGUGAUUAUAUUUUGCAACGCCACCGGAAAUCCAGCACCGAGAAUAUCAUGGACUAGAAAUGGACAUUCUGUGGACACCAGUAACAGUUCUAGAAUGGAUUUGUCUCACGAAGGAAGGCAACUCUCUAUCAAGAAUGUGAGCAGUGUACCGAUGUGUGGUGGAAAACAGUGUUGAAAAUGUUACGUCCUAUGGCACCACCUUGGAAGUGCAUUGUAAGUAAUGAGGAUUUUUAAUAAAUGAAACCUGAAGGUUUUCUCUUGAAAGUGAGAUGGUUCAUCUUGCUUUCCACGCAAAAGCCUCACUUGGCCUUAAAAUAUAUAACAUCAUAUAUAACACCCAUCAGAGUCGCGUUAUCUCUAAAGUCUGAGGGACAAUCAACUAUAGAGUCGAGAUGACAAAGUUAUACAUAAUUAUGCUCCCUAAUUGACACUGGUUUAAAAGACGUAGGACAAAUUGCCUGAAGGGCCUUUCAUGGCGGAUUCCAGAUUUAUUUACACGCGAAAAGAUUCCCUUUAUUAUCAGUGCCAAAACAGUGCGAAACUGAAUCAGUGAGUCUAUGAAACUGAUUCUUGAAAUAUAAGAUAUUCAUUAAUUAUAUAUGCAAUUUAUACUUCGUUUUUUAAAUGUAGAUAUACCUGGAGUCACAAUGAUUGGUGGUCCACAACAGUUUGCAAUUGUUGGUAAAAUAAAGAAACUCGUGUGCGAGUACGAUGCUCUACCACCCGUGUCUGAAGUGCAGUGGAUAAAAGAUGGAGAUGUGAUAGCUAGAAAUUUUAGUCUGCUGGUCAACGAGUCCCACCUUACUGUUUCACAUUAUAAUGAAAGUGAAAUACAGUUGCUUAUAAAUCAAAGUACCUCUCGGGAUGCUGGAGACUACACCUGCCUUGUUAUUAAUGCUGUGGGUAACUCAUCCCAGAAGACAUCAAUCAUAAGCCAAGGUACUGAAUGUUACUAAGCACUUUACAACUGCGUUUGUCUCUUUUUCGGAGAUUGAAAAUUUUAGUUUAUAGAACAGUAGGAAUGUCAUUUACCGUGAGCGCUCUGAGGAGGUAUAGUAGGGCUACUUAAUUCCCGCGCCAUUCUGAUGAGUUGCUUAUUGGCGAGGUGGGCUUUUGUAUUCAUUUUGAAGAAGAGAGGGGAAUAACGACCAUUUCAAGAGGGGAGCCUCGUUGGAGCAUGAGCUGUGGCCCAUGUGACGUUACAACGUUAUCGAUGCAAUCCACAAUCAGAAAAAACAAUUAAUUCAAAGUAUUCAGCUACUCAUAGAUCUCUGAGAUGAAACUAAUCCGUCUACUAACAAAAAGUACUCAAUCACUGGCGAAGACCUUAUCAUUUACAUGGAGCACCAAAAGUACUUUUUGAAGAAGAGCUUAUCAGGUCCAAUCUGUUCCAUUUUUGUUUCAGAAAAUCAGGAGUUCUCUUAUGUGGGAUAAAGUGUUUGUUCUAUUACUGUUACAAGUUAUAACUACCAACGUACUUGGCAGAAAAGAACAUUUUACAGUUAGCUUCCUGGUUGAAAAUACAGACGUCGCGAAAUGAACUACCAUUUCCCUACAGCACUUAUGUUAAGAAUAGAUGUUGAAUAUCAGAUUUAAAAAAAACUCUUGCUGCUUUUUCACACAGAGCUGCCCUUAAUGAACAUUCAUCCAGAAGGGAAAACUCCCAUGGAGGGAGAAAACAUGACUCUGUCUUGUAACGCCACUGGAAAUCCAGAACCAUCAAUAUCCUGGGUCAAAGAUGGAUUUCCCAUAAACAGCAAUUCUAGGAUCAGCAUUUCACAUGAUAAACAGCGAUUGACAAUAAAGAAUGUAAGCAGAAUGGACAGCGGUGAAUACCGAUGUGUGGCGAGAAACAGAGUUGGAAAUGAUACCUCAAAUUCCAAAGUGAAUGUCCUUUGUAAGUGUCCUACACUCUUUUAUUUCCAGGUCUUACUUGUUAUAGCUGUAUUUAUAAUCUUUAUCAGUUGCAUUGACAUCCUGGAAUUUUAUAAAGUGGUCAUAUCUCUGCUCUUCCGUUGUCGAAAAUUGGAUGAAAUGGUCGUUUAUUUUAACCAGAGGCUCAGUUUACCUUUGGAUGCACGUUUUUGAUGCCGAAAUGGGUAGCGCAUCUGCAGUCUUUCUCAAAUUUUUUUCUUACUUAUUUCACUGAAAAUUUUAUCGGAUCUAUUUCAUUUUUCUCGUUACCUUGUCCAGCACUUGCCUGUUGUGAAAUUCAUGGGCCGUCGGCUACUGAUCAUUUGCACAUGAAUUAGCGCUAGUAGUCCUUUUGAUGUGCCAUAAAUCCAUCAUGAAAUGUCGAGAAUUUACUUGGCUCCCUCAAGCUGGGCUGAACAGUUUAUUCUGAUUUAGCAAGCUGUUUCAGCCAAUCAGAAUGCGUGUCAUAUAGAUAACUCAUUGCGAUAGAUACCAUCACUGUUAUUCCUGUCAAAAGACGAAGUGACAGGACAGGAAUAACAGUGAUGGUAAAGCAAGCUUAAAGCGGCAGAAAUCGCCAGAAACUACAACGGACACACAUGAUGUGAGUAAGUGUUAUUGAUUUUACGUGUAAAAUAUUAAUAUUUCGAAAUAUUUAUCGUUGUAAAUCGACCAUAUUUCGUUCCCCAUUCUAUUCCGUCUAACGUGUUCAAAUUUUCAACGGUUCCUCUCGUAACUUAACACCGAGUCACACAACGCGUGACGCGUUCAUGAAUUAAUCGUUGGCUUUUCCUGGAGACGUGAGCUUGGGCCGCCUGUGGUGUGAGCGAACGACCUUGUUAAGCUAAAUUUGUUGAGAUUCACUGUUCCAGUCCAUUACCUUAAGCAAGAUAUUUCGAAUUCAUAUUUCUUGUGUAGUUGCCUUGAUUAAAUCUGCUAACCCUCUUAAAUACAAAAAAGUUUGAUCGAAUUCAUUGCGUUUAAUUUCUUACCAAGGUAAGCUAAGUUUAUUUUACCCAGAUAUGCUUCGAAAAUUACGCAUUUUAUACUCGCUUUCUAGACAAAAUGCUCAUUUUGACCCGUAAGAAUUCCGGUUAUUUUCAAACUAAUUACUGAUAUAUUUACUCCUAGUUUAGUUCAUGUUUUACGAGGAGGUUUUGUCUCAAUGGGAAGUGAUUGGUUUCUGUAUUUUGAAAAUGUUAGUUGCCAUCGGACGUUAAUAUUUUUAAACUUUGACAUUUAGUGGCUGGGUUGUUUGUAAAUGAUAUCGCAACAUACAUUAUGAAUUGCAACCGUUUCUUGUGCCCAGUACAACUAAUGUCUAGUUAAGCUUUUUAUUAUCUGACGUUAUGCAGCCUUUUUCCAUAAAGAGCUUCCUUUUCUAACACCACUUUAUUUCCUUGAACGGACAGAUUGAGGAAUGAUCAGUCAGUUGCCUGACUGUGAAGCAAAGAUACGUUGAAAAAGCAAACCGCGAGCCAAUUGGCCCACAUAACGUAAUUUGUCGACAUGUCAUAUUUAUGCUUUCGUGAUAGUCCUUUCAGAGUAACAUUUUUUUGAAAUUGCAGUUCGGGCUGAGAUCGUCUCUCAUCGUCAAGUGAAUGUCACAAAAGAAGAGCGAAGUAAUUUAACUUUAUUUUGUAAUGCCACUGGAAACCCAGCACCGAUAAUAUUCUGGACCAAAGAUGGAUCUUCUCUAAGCAAUAGUUCCAGGAUCAGGUUUUCAAAACAUAACAGGCUGUUGACCAUAUCAAAUUUGAACAGAAAAGACAGCGGCCACUACCGAUGUGUAGCGAACAACAGCCUUGGAAAUGAUACUUCAAACGUUAUUACUGUUGACAUCCAAUGUAAGUUCUCAUCUCAUUAUUGUACUGGCAUGAAUAGCGUUUUGAUACACUGCGUCGAUUGUCAGCAGAUUUCAUGCUUCUCUCUCCAAUUCACCCUUUUUUUUGUGUCCGCUAAAGUCAACUUUUGUCAUAAUUAUUGUUUAAUAAACAUGGCCUUUGAAUAGCAUUUGCUCCUACUCUCUACAGGAAACUUUCAUCAUAUGAUUUUUUUCAACAGAAAACGGAUGUACAGUCAUGUAUGCAUUUCUAUGCAGACGUCUUGUUUAUCAGUUGUUUGCCCUUUGCUAACAAGGUUGAUUUCAAAAUUGCAGAUAAACCUGAGAUUACUACUCAUCCUAAAAGUGAUGAUAUAAAAGAUUUAGGACCUGUACUUCUCUCUAUCCAGGAGUAUGAUUAGGUAUCCGUGAACUAGUAUGUACACUUUCUAGUGAAAGAAUCUCCUGCAAUGUGGUUUUAUCAAAAUAAUUGAGAGAGACGUGCUUAUUAUUCACCGGCAUUCUAUAACGAGGAUCUGAUCCAAUGUGCAUUUUAAAAGCUGUUGCUCAAUCUGGUUUACCUUUCCCGGUGAAGACGGAUAAACUUUCAAGUGAAAUUGCAAAUUUUAUUGUUUGUUGAAAUGUUUUUUAAUUCCCUAGUUGUUCCAGACCCACCGCAGAACAUUACUGUUGACACAAAGGGUUCACGAGUUGUAAAUAUCUCCUGGACGGCUGGUUUUGAUGGGAAUAGUGCCAUUUAAAAGUACACAGUAGAGAUCAGGGAACUUGAUCAGAUCUUUAAGGAUGUAGUUUGUCAAGGAUCGCUCUCAAGCAGUGCAUGUGUGGUUUCCGGUCUCUUCACAACUGCCUCUCUUACGGGUCUUUUUCCUUGGACAACAUAAAAUAUCAGAGUGUUUGCCAGAAACAAAAUUGGUAGAAGUAACAGCAGCCCUAUUCUGAAUGUGACCACAGAUGAAGCAGGUAUGCUGCUUACUCUAUGCAGUUUUUUGCUAUGAAUGAAAAGAGUUAUGAAUAACAGCCACACAUGUACCACUAGAACAUGGCAGAGGAUUGGGAGAUACUCUGUAAACUUCUGGUAAUCGUUUGAUAUUAACUGAUUCUCUCCUGAAGUUACCUGAUUUAAAGAAACAUUACAUAAUGUUAUGUCUGUUUUGAAAGAAAAAAAUCUUGCCGCUGUUGUUUUUAAUCACCACCUAUCGGUGGAUUCGAAUGAAAGCAAAAAAAGUUCGUGACAAAUAUGAGAGAAACGAAGUCCGAGUCGGCGUACUUCCUUUUUAUACCGUGGCUCGAAGGGAAUCAGCUCUGAAGAAUAACAUUAUCGAUUCACAACGCCACCUGACUUAAAUUUGAAUUGAACUAUAGGAAGCUCUUACGCGCCUAAAUUUCAGGAAAUUUAGACUAGUCCCAAAGGAAGUGCACCUCUUUUCAGGGUUAUAUUACACUCUUAUCUAGGCACGUUUCAUUUAAGACGAGAAAAAUAAGUUAUGAAUUUGAGUGUUUCCCUAUCAUCUGGAUUGCCUGGCUGUGUUUACUCUAACCUCGUAUAAACGUAUCAAAAUAUAAACAUUUGGUAACCUUCAUUUCUUUGAUUUUGAACGUUAUAUUGGCUUGAGAUUUGCUGUUUCUUGAACACGCUUGCUUUGUUUAGCAUGUUCCUUACCUAAACAUGACAACUGAUUAAAAAAAAUUCCUGUAAGGCUUUCUAAAUAAGUUCGAAUCGUGAUCAAGGGCCCUCGGGAAAGGGGCUUUUGGCACCGGUUUGAUUGAGGCUGUAGAAUUUUGAUGAUAACGAAAAUUGUGCCGAUAAAAACAAAGAAAAUGUCGGGGUGGGAAUCCUGAAAGUAUUUAUUAUCAUGCCAACUUCAAGGGUGUGUUCUACACCUGCAACGAUGCAUAGAUGUAUGUACAGUCUAUUCAGCGGAUUCUUUCAAAUUAGAAACGUUUAUGUCCUAAUUUCUGCUAGUCAUGAUAUACUGUUAGUUUCCUUUCUUUCGCAGUCUGUUCUUGAAUGCAAUGAUGCAAAGUGCAAGACAAAACUGCAAUAUGACCAAAAAAAGAAAAUUUUCAAAUUUCUACACCCUGCUUUCCGCUCGCUGCAGCGAAAUGGGUUUCAAGUUAGCCAGUCAUUAUUAUCUUUCCUUAAAAGAUGAUUUCCUAUAUGCAAGAGACAUUUUAAUUUUAAUCUAACAUUCUAUGAUGGAGCGUUUUGUACUCACCGAUAACUAAAUGUGAAACUAUUAUUUUAUGUUUUCCUCGAAUAGAACCGAGUCGCGGAGCAGAAAAUGUUUCUUCUAGGGAAGUAAACUGUACGACAAACAAAAUCACUUGGGCAGGACUUCCUAAAGAGGCGGCAAAUGGCGUUAUUAAACUUUACGAAAUCCGUCUCGAGUUAAAAGAGAGCUGUUUGAAGGUUGAUUUUACCUUUCAUGCGAUGAACACAACCAAGUCAAGUGUAUUACUGGCUGGCUUCUGGAUGUGUGCAAAGUAUGAAGUGUCUGUUAGAGGUUACACUGUGGCAGGGCCUGGACCCUAUAGCAAAGCUAUAGUCGUGCAAACAAAAAGUAGGUUGGAAAGGUGAAACUCAUGAUCUGUUGCAUCGGCUUUAUACUUCAGGGUUUUCAUCAAGUUAUAUACUUUUUUUUAAACGGUUCAGAAUAUAUGAAAGUCAUAUAUUUGAACUGCGGAUAAAGACGUGAAUGAAAGUGAUCCUCGCUUUGAACCCAUGACCUCUGCGUUGGAGCUGGUACCAGCUCCCAGUUGGCUUGUUAGCUCAGUUGGUAGAGCGCUGCACCGGUAUUGUAGAGGUCAUGGGUUCAAAUCCCGUACAGGCCUGAAUUUUUUUCAGGCCUUAUUUUCACUACUGCCUAAGUAGUGCACAUUACUGCGAGGAUCACUUUCAUUCACAUACUUUUUUUUGUCCCGUGCCUUGUCCUUAUCCUAAACCUUAACAAACACGAAACUUAGCAAACACGGCAAAGUGUUCAGCAUUUUCAUCACACGCUUUCCAAUGAGAAAGUGUAGCCAGAUUACUAAGCUGUUGAGUUUUUAUUUAUUAUUGUUCGGUCCUUACUUUUGCUUGCACAGGUUUGAAAUUAUCCCACACGUGGUCAAAAGAAACACCAUCUGCACCUUCCUUCUCUCAGAUUCCAAGUGGGGAAGGCAUAACAGCAAACAUAACAUUGCCACGCUUUCCAGGGAAUGCAAAGUAUGAGCCCUUUUAUUUAACCUUCCUUCCUUUUUCUUUUUAAAGUGAAAAAAAAAAUCCAAUCUUUUAAGCUUUUUGCUGAAUUAAUGAACAUCGUAUAUCACAGAUUCUUUCAAGUCAUUGUCAUAAGAUACAGCUUGGACUAUACUGGUGUGGUUAACUCACCAGAGAGUUUUACACCAAAGGAUUUAAUGACGUAUGAAGAGGCCCACAAAUCUCCGGUUCCUGCAGCGUAUGUCACUUUUCAGUUGAGAGGGCAGGACUUUGAUGCGUUCCAAGAAUUUGUUGUUGGAGAUGGAGGACAUUCAAGCAGUAAAACAAGAAAUAGUAGAGGCAGUGAUGGGGAGGUCUUUCUCAACAAACCACUCCAGCCAAAUACCAACUACAGAGUGUUUCUCAGAGCUUUUAUAGAGAAGGUAAAGUGACAAACAUCCUCUUUUGAAAAUGCAAACUUGUAGGACAAAAUUCAAUCUUGUUUCACUCACAUUACAUUCAACCAUCGCUUAGCAAGUUACGUGCAACCAAAACUUCUGGCUGAGGAAUACGUUGCAAAAGAUGUAGGUUACGGCGAGAGAAAUGUAAAGGCUAACCCUUCAUUCUCCGGGUCUUAUUUGUUAAGAAAAUCAAUGACGCUUUCAGUUAGUCGCUCAUGGCGUUCGCCCUUUCGUUCGCUCUUUUGUUCGGCCAAUCAGUCAGUCAAUUGGUCCGUCAGAAGUAUUCUUCAUUGAAGCUUUUGAUUACAAUUGUACGAUGGGGAACAAGUAAAGUUACUAUGAGUACAGAAAAAAAACAUGGAAGCACGCAUCCUAGAGUUUUAUGGAUGAUUACCUUCUUCCUGCUUUUUUGAUUACAGAUGGUGUACUUUUCCAGUAACUUCGUAACGAUUGAAACCAAAGGUAAAGUUAAUGGAAUUCUUUUGUCCCUAAGACAACAAAUUUACAACCAACUCGAACAAAUAAGUUGUUUAUCACUGAUGUAAAUGAACAGCUAUUUCAACAACCCUUUAGGCAAUAAAUCACGGAGUACUAGUUUCUUUAUUUCUUUGAAAGACGUGCCGUUUGUUUGACUCACACAUUCAGAUUCAUUAAGACUCUUAUUGCGUAAGGCCUUUAAAAGAUAGAUUCUGGGUAAUUAAUUUUUCUCUCUUAGAGACAUGACCCUUCCGUUUUGUAUUGUUGUGUAAAAACUGCUAACUCAGGGAAAUUCUAUCAGGUAAGCCCGCCGUCAAAGACCUACCAGAAAGAACCAUUUUUAAAGUUGGCGAUGUGGUAGUAUUAACAUGUGAGGCUACUGGAGAUCCUAAGCCUUCUGUUACAUGGAGUAAAGAUGGAAAUACCAGUAUACCACGGGCUCAGUUCAGAAAUGAUGACCACAUUCUUGUCAUUCAAGAGGUCGCACUUGGUGACGGAGGCAUUUAUGAAUGCAGAGCAUCAAACAUUUUUGGGCAACGCCGAACAGCUAUAGUAGUAGUUAUCGCCGGUAAGUAUCAUCAACCGUGGUACGGCUGGCUACAAAAUGAAAUUUUUCCUUUAUGUGAGCAGAAGCUAAAGACGAUUGAUGUCAGAUUUUAUGAGUGAAAUAUUCGACCCCAGGACCCCAUGACAUUUCAAAUUACGGGUAGAAACUAUGCCAAUCAGCUUUCAGAAAGUGGUAGAGGUUUUUUAUUAAACGUUGUCCUGUAAACGUCACCUACUCUUAUUCGUUGACUGUAUUAAAGAUGUUGAAUCUUAUCUUUUCCCCUCUUUUUAAACUCAGUGCCACCAAGCAUCAUGAAAGACGUUUCCCCUCGAUCGGUUAUAUGUGCAAAGGAAACUCCAUGUUCUUUGCUAUGCCACGCCACUAGUGACAUUCUAUUUAACUAUUCUUGGACAAGGAAUGGCCAGGCUCUAGGUGGUCAUAACAUUAAGGUCAUGAACAACAGUGUUAUUAUCACUCCUCUUGAUGAUGAAGAUUUUGGAGAUUAUGUGUGUCACGCCACAAACUCAUUUGGAUCUACAACUCACAAAAUAACUUUGUCAGAAAGCAAAGAGGAAGAAAACAGUAAGUGUUGUCAAUGUUAAACGCUCUGAACGUCCAAGAAACAUUUCAUCCUUAACAGUUAUAUUUGAUUUCAGUACGUAGUGUUUAUGGAUACUUUGCUCUGUCCACAGGCGAGAUUAUAAGAUUUUAUAUGGGAAUAUUUACGACCGAUGUUAGGAAUAAAAGAUACAAUCAAAUUCUCAAUAAAAAUGCCUCACCUUACUGCCACCGUGCUUCGCUUGUUGUGUGACCGCUUACUGUGUUGAAAAGAACCCAUUUCAGCGAAUCAUCCAUUUCUAGGUUUACUACGUACAUAAGAGAAGCGCAAGGCUGCACAGUCCAUUUCCGAACGUCCGAUCCGAAGAGCGAAAAAAACGAAGCUCAAAAUGACCGGGCGGCCACAAAUCCAUCGCAGAACCCGAGCACAUCUAGUGUAGUUUCACAUCAAUUCACUGCAAACUCAAUCUUCCCAGUGAAACCGACUCUAAGCCGCAGUUCGCUUCAAAAAUUUGUUUGUAAACUGUGCCUUGCCGGGAACUACACCUUCACUUGGCACCCGUGGUUCUAAAACAAUUUGUUCAUGAUAAGUGACGGUGUGGUCCCCAGCGAGGCUUAGUUUGUAAAGGAGGCAGGGUUAACAAGCUAGUUUUCAACGGUCGUAUGUUAGGGUGACUGUAUAUGCAGACUGUUAGAAACGUUUAAACUGGAAAUUUUUUAAGCAAACUACGUUUUCGCGUUGGUUUAAUGGGGAAGAUUAAGUUUUUGGUGAAUUGAAAUGAAACUAAAGGAUAUUUGCUUGGAGUUUUCGCCUCUCGGAUCGGGCGUGUUUAGCCUUGGGCUUCUCUUAUGUACGUAGUAAACCUGGAAAUGGAUAACUCGCCAAAAAUGUGUUUUUUCAACAUAGUAAGUGGUCACAUAACAAGCGAUGCACUGUGGAAGUAAGGUGAGGAAUUUUUAUUGAGAAUUUGAUUUAUUUAUUUAUUCCUAGGAGCGGUCGUAAUUUGAAUUUCGUUUUGACUUAUUUUUAAAGAAGAAGAGUUUAAUUUUUUUAAAACUGUUUCAUUAUUUUUUUUCAGUGUGAUUUCGAGGGAUUUAUUUCUACACAAUGUACCAUUAUGUAUCUGUAUAUUUUCUUUACUUUUGAACAGAUGUGCAGAACAUCUUUCGGGCUAAUGACAUCAUAUGGUCAGUGAUCGUUUUCCCGCUGCUUGUUUUGAUUGGUGUAUUGAUAUGGCGGCUUAGAAGAGCUCAGGCGAGCAACAGACCAGCGACUGCUAAGAAAGCCACCAGUAGAGAUACUGUCCAGUCUGUCUUUCCGCCUGAUCAGCACGCGUCAGAACCAGGGUCGUAUAUGGAGCUACGCCCCAGGCCUUCGGAAGGACAAACACGAGUCUCCCCUGAAUACCAGUCCUCACAAGGGAGCCACGUGAACGCUGGGUAUUACAACGUGGUUCCCGAGGAAGGAAACAAAAGGGGAUCAAAUGAAGAAAUAUAUGAUGACAUAGUGCUUUCUGAUUGUUAAUUUCUAGUUUUUAAGUGAGUUCAUUGUUACACCGUCGCAAAUAGAUAUAAAUGAUGACAACAAUUUUGUAGCUUACUCGCAAACUACACGUCAAAUAGGAAGGUAUUUAGGUGUUGUUAUAAAAUAUGCUUUGCCUCUACAGUGGAUGAUUGCAUAAUACACUAAAUCCGUUUGAAAAUUUAUGUUAUGUUCUGUUCGUACAAUAAAUUCUGAACUGUAUUUUUCCCACUUAAGAAAUAGAGAAGCCUUGACUGUGUUCUACUCUAUUGUAAAACACGAAGGAAGCGGCUAGAGCGCGAAAGAAGUGUAGGGAGAAACACUCGACUACGUCUCGUGUUUCUCCCCACUUCUUGAGUGCUCUAGCCGCUUCUUAAGUGCUUUACAAUAGAACAGAGCAUAGUCAAGGCUUCUCUAUUUGUUUUAUUGUAAAGAAUCCGUCCCCAGGCAUUACUUUCAAUUUUCAAAACAAACUUUAUUUCCAAAGCGAAUAACAGUGUCGUGGGCAUGCUCUAUGCUCUCACAGAGUAUGCUACAAUAAGUCAGUCAGAAUCCCUGUUAGAAUAGUUCAAAUAAUCUGAUUGGCUGUACAAGACUGAAGCUGUCAAAAAUGUAAAACUUUCAAAGUUCAAAAACCAUCAAAGUUCACAAACUGCAAUAGUUUACAAACUUAUUAAUAAUAGUUCGGCAGGUCGAAUUUAACCUGAAGUUUUUUAGUCUCAAAUAUAGAAUCUAAAAGUGAAAUGUUCGGUGAAAUUCAGCCGAAUUGUGGCUCACAAAAGCACGCAAGUUUUUUCACAUGGAAAUUAGACAAUAAAGUGUUCAAGCGUGUUUUUUAUGAAUGAAUGACAGCCGAAUUUUCUGCAACAUGAAGAGUGCUCGGGAUGACAGCGGCUGCUCGGCUGCAGUGACUGAUGUGGCCUUCCACUCAACACAUCGGAAAGGAUCUCAGAGCAGGCUGUUAGUUGUUCACUCGAUGGGCGACAGUUGUAAUUUCGGAGGCUUACUUGACUGCGAUGGCCAGAGAUCGCCAUGAUGAGCUAGCUGUGAUAACGGAGUUUUCCAGCCAUCUCAAAACUCUAGUGAUACUUUACGGAUACAAGUGACACUAUAUCAGUGCUUACGUCUUCUGAACUUUUUUUAAACUAGACAAACUAGUGAGCAGCACUGCACGAUUGAAAUUGAAACUGAAACAUGUUUUAUUAUACUAAGUGUUUCUUCUGACAAUAGCAGACUUCGACAAGUAAUCUUUUCAGAAUUUUUUCUUUGUCCCACGCUCGUGACCAAACGAAAAACAUCUUUCUUUAUUUCUUUACCAAGCUCAAAACUUACCAUCUCUCUAAUUUCUAUCUACAAACAUUACGCUAUCGACGUCGCUGAUCCUAGCAGUAUGCAGGACGCGUGUCAUAUGAACUUCCUAAUAGAACUCGUUCACCGUGGAGUCUGUGGCUCAGUGGUGUAGCAUCGGAGCGCGGAAUCCGAAGGUCUGAGGUUCGAUUCCUCGUGGAGACUCAGAAUUUUUUUCUUGUCCCACGCUUGCGACAAGACAAAAAACAUAUUUCUUUACUUUUUACAAUUAGGGAAAGUAAGCUUAGUUGCAUGAUAUACACAUGGUAAAUACGAUGUCUUCUCUCGACCUACACGCAUAGUGUGAAGCAAUCGGAAAGUUUCUGAAAGGUGUGACAAAGGUGUUUUACAUGUAUGACAAUUUCCGGACGUACGUGAUGUGUUAGAGGGCCCUUAACAUUAUUUACUUACAUAGAUAAGUGGAAUUUGCUGAUUUGGAAACCCAUUGAUGAUAGCCUUCUUAAUACGUGCGUGGUUACAGUUAAUUGUAGUCUCAAACAAACGCUGUAAUUCACUUAAUAAACGCUUUCUUGUCAUCAGAAUGGUGGAAUAACUCGAAAGGGAUAUACAAGUACCUAUUGAGUUGUCUCUGAAAGGUAGAAUAGUGCAUUGUAAACGUUCCAGACAAGAUGUCUUUACUUCUUUGAACAGAAGUAAAUCAAGAAAGAAAAUGCUACUCUGGCUAACCAUGUACGUAAGCUUAAUUCGAUUAUUAUUGUUUUCUUGAGCUGAGCUUAUUAAGAGAUUUGAUAAGAGUUCCUUAAGACCUGCUGAUGAUGUCAUCUUUAAACCGCUUGAGCAGCGUUAAGUAGCGAGAUUAUUAUGUAACGACAUAUUUCUCGUGGAAAUACAAAAUACGCGGCAGAGUGCCCACCACUUCAAAAAUGUGCUCCCCUCUUUUAUCAUGGUCCCCUCUCCUUAGUGGCUGUCAAUUAGGGCUGAUCCUUCCUUCUGUUCUCAUGAAAACCAUGCGAUCACCCAAAAUCUGCCUUCCCCCCUCCUUAGGCGGUCUCUUAGCAAUAUGAAGUGAUAGCCAUGUUCGUUUCAUUAACGUUAUUUAUUGUUAAGGGAAUAUCAGCUCAGUUAAUAUUCUCUUGAUAUUGUAAAAUAAUCGCAGAUGGCCUUUUCUGAAUCUCCGGUUUAAAUCUAGCCUACGUGUAGCCAUACCCUUCCCCCGCCAAGGUGAAACGGAGGCGAGGUUUCCCCUUUCUUAUUAGGCAGACUAAACGCGUGCAAUUACAACAUCCCUCUUACAGUAAAUCAACUGCGGACUUCAUUUACUACAUUAUGAAAUCUGCUACACUUUCUAAUGCAGCCAUUUACAAUUCCGUGACAUAAUCAAUAUUUACUAAAACAUUUAAUCAAUGACUUAAUUCGUAAAUAAUAUUCCCCGACACAAUAGGAGCCCACAGCAAAACUGUCGUGCUUGAAGUUUGCUUUCAAGCAUAAUGAGUUUGUUACUGUCAUUUUUUUAGAGGAGCAACGUGAGGAUUAUAUAUCCGUUUCUGAUUUAUGUUCUAGAACAGUUGUCAUCUUUGAAUUUUCAACUCAAUCAUAAUGAGCUUGUUAUUACUAUGGUUUUAAGAAGAGAAAAUUAUUACAUCAUACACAUCCGUAAAAUUAUUACGGAUUACAUUUCCACUUCCAAUAUGUGUAAGUGAAAAGUGUAUUAUCCUUUUAAGCAGAUAGAUAUAAAAGUUAAACUUAGCUCCCAUUGCGAUAUUAGACUAAUAUGGUUGUGGGAAAAUAAACAAGGAAGUAGUGGCUGUUUUGGUGGGUCUAAGUCUGAGGUGGAAAGCGUUCGUUUGCAUCUGAGUGUCAUCAUGAAUCAAUACCGGUUCUCUUGCAAUUUUAAACAAUAUACAUCGUAAACGAAGUCGCCAAUCGAAAGACUUACAAUUAAUGGGACCUUCCUUUGCCACUUUUUCGCUCUAAGUUAGCAGAAUACUGAGCGUUCACCUACUGAAAAGCAUAGAUGUAACGUCAAAGAUUUGAAGAACGAGCCAUUAUUUUUCCUAGUUCCUGCGGAAUUACUUUGGUAAACAAAGUCAUUGACAGUUCAAACUCUGAAAUGCAUUCCUGUACAUGUCUCAGAAAUUAUCAUGCGGAAAUCGAUGAGGUUUUCUAUCAGACAGAUGCGUUCGGAGAACUAACAGUUUACAUAUUAUACAGAAUUUAAAAAGCAUCAGGAAUCCUUUGUUGUAGGGAUAAAAAUGAAGGUUUAUGAUAGCUCUUGACUGAAAAAAUCUAAAAUCUCAAACCGGCCGAGCUCGGCGGAAAUGCGUGACCCAUUAUUCAAUAAUUAUUUAAGACCAGUAAUUGAUACCUUGCAAGGUCAUCGUGUUACAGAGAAACAUCGGCAGAGCGAGGUUCGCUCCAUCGACUAGUCGCUUCUUGUGUUGAAAAAGGCUGUAUUUAUUCGCGUUAAAGUAGUCCAAUCGACAACAAAAGACAUCCUGUGUAAUGGAAGCAGGUUCACUUACAAUCUUUCUCUGUGCUCUUUUUCGUGUUUUCUGCCGAAGGUAAGGUUUACAUGCAUCCCAUUGUUAGAAGCCAUUAUAUGCUUGUAUGUGUUGACAAGAGCGAAAUUAUGACCUAACAAAGUAGAAACUACUGAGACGACGCUUAAAAUUUGCGCUUUCUACGAAAAAUGCAUUGUUUACUUCUGAAAAAGAGAGUUUGAUUCAGCUUUAUACGUAUUUUAGGAUGCGAAAGUUGAAUAUGGUUGUCAACGAACGUGUCGGAAUUGAACUGAGCAUAUCAACGACUACUUUUUAGAAGGUAGGGCACCCUGCCGUUUCCAACCAUGUAUCUGCUUUCGUGAUGUGAGGCUCGACAGAGAAAGCGGCGGCCAAUAACUAUCAUUAGAACCGUAUGAACUGUGAGACAGACAUAGACAACCCGACGAGAAAUGCAUAUAAGGGCUUACUGUAAUGUAAGCCUGGAGAUUCAACACAAAAGUGGAAGUGAUUUACACGGGAUAAGACAAAGUCAGUGAAAGUCCAGGAUUCAUAAAAUGUAUCGAAAACGGAAAGAGGCCAUUUUUUUCCCGUUCGUCGCCUGCUGUUACGAAUCUGAGAUGUUGUGCUAUACAUGUGUCGUUCGAGACUUCCGUGUUUGCUUGUGAUAGUCACCUGGUGUAGUGUCGUCAUUCAGACAUAGAGAGACUAUUGCUUCUUCAUUGCCAAAGGCUAACUGAACUUUAUUGAUAAACACGUUACACAGAUACAAGUAUAAGAGUUUACUGACUUAUAGUAAUUUUACAGCAUGCAGGUAUUUCCAGUACAGUAGGAUUACUGCCAGUAGUACAUUAACUGAAUUAAGAACAAAGCGCUCACCUUAGAACCCAUAUUAAGGUUGUUGUCAAUAAUUAAGAUAGGUACAUGUAUAAUCAAUACACUACAUCCUUCCCGGCCAACGUUGCGAAAUUAUUUUAUCAAUUAAUGUAUUUAAUUAGUAGUAAAUAAAAUUUUCAUUAUCCCUUGUUGAUUUAACUACUCUUUAAUAACAUCUGCCUCGAGCAUUUUAUCAAGCUCAUUGUUGACAGCUUCAAUUUGGCUAAGCGGAAUACGCCUUAAGUGCUGACUGACAGGUUGACCUUUGGGAUCUAUUACAAUUUUUUGCUCAAAAUUUGUGACCUUCCCCAGCCCACGGAACAAAUCAUCAAAUUCGUGAAGCAAAGAUACUAGUUCGCUUUGCCUAUUGCUUUGACUACUCCCAACUGAGUUUACUUGUUUAAGUACUCCUACCUUAAAACUAGAGUCCCUUCCAAGGAGAGAUUCGCCGUGACCUUCAAUUUCAUACAGAACUGUGGUGUCAACACUGUCACCCUUUCGGAGCGUGACGUCAAAAUAUCCGUUACACAUUAAUGGCUUUGUUUGUCCAUAAGCGGUGAACCGCUUUUAAGUUCGUUUCAGCUCGCAAUAUCUAAACUGCGAACGGCACAGUUCUGAAGAAAUAAUAUUGUACUUACUUCCAGUAUCGACAAUCAUGCGUAUCUUUUUGUCAUUCACCUUUAUCUGGAUUGAACUGCUCUCUGUUACGGGAAAAUUUACUGAUUUUUCCAUGUGUUUGUUUGGAACAUGUUUACUCGUAAACUUUCACAUUCAACCAUUUCCAGUCCCUUCGUUUUAGUAAAUAAAAAAAUGUAUAAAAACCACAGUGGCUUUUAGAAUGGAUUUUGUUGAUUACUCACUUUUACUAUGCGCCUGCUUGUCGGCACUUUUGUUAUUAAUUACAUGGGUUUUUAGGUAAAUAUAAGUGUUGUUGGUCUUUCUGGAAAAAUUGGUUUUCAUGGUAGUUAGCAGCUAAGUUUAUACUCGUAAAUCUAAUUUCUUUUCAUGCGAUGGUUUCCAAAUCAACCUUGCAUAGAUAAGCAGAAACUUUUAAUUGCUUUUCCGUUUUUACUUCCUAAGCUGCGCUGCUGCAAUUAAGAUAUGUAUUGUUUUCUAUAUCAGAGCUGUAAAUUCGCACCUAAGUUUCCUACGUUAAUGGCCUAGAGUUUAUUGCAUCCGUCUUUUUAAUUUUGAGAUUCUUUCCGUCGUAGAAACAGAUGGAAUAUUUAAGUAGUUUUCGUUUAACUUCAAAGAUACUUUUUUCCGCUCCUUUAUGUCCUUAUUCAAAUAUUGCGAUUCAGUGAACAAUAGCUCUUCACACCAGUUAUUUCUUAAGCAAGUACCUUGUACAGCUUUGAUGAUUACAAACUAGAGUACGCUAGAGGUCAUGUCACUUGUUGGCCUGACCUAGAAUAAAAGUACUGUGUGGCCAAAGAUUGUCUUAUCCUUGACGUCCGUAUAAGCUCGCUCGAAAUAGAUCUCCGUGUGCCAGGAAAUCGUGACGAGUUUCCGUUCUCGCUGGCAAGUGGUCUCUACCGAGUUAUUUCCCCCAGUUGUUAUUGUUCCGUCUGCAAAGAUUCAGCUUUUCCAGUUUGGGCGCGAAAACGUAUCGUCACAUCUCGUCGGGGUUACUCAGCAAUAGAACUGGUUCGGUGAUGUCGUUAUCUGAACUGUAACUUUCCUGGCACCACUGUGACUUCACGUUGCGUAUUCUAGGCCUGUUCUGCCCGUUUUUGGAGCUGCCAUGGUGUGGUCUCGGCCGUUUUCCAGGCUUGUCGUCCUUGGUCUUGGAUCGGCAAACUCUGGCCAGGUGUCCAAGCUUCUUGCAAGCAUUACAUGUCUUGGUAAUGGCUCCGCAUUGACUCGGUGCGUGUCCGUCUGACCUGCCACAUCUAUGGCAGUUGAAACUUUUCUUCUGGUAUCCACCCUCUUUGAUUUUGUCAAUCUUUAUUGGGUCGUCUCGGCUGCCCUUCGACAGUAAACGUGUCUCCGGCGCGGCGCCCUCUUCGCUUCGUGCGAGUUUCAUCGUCUUUUGGAGGUCCAGCGCUCUCCUUCGUGCCAUAAAUGCGAAACCGUUUCAACACAAGCUUCGCUCUAAAACAGCACCUAGUUAAUUCGCAUUCAAUUAGAACUUUACCGGAGAGAAUAAGCUUUGUGAGUGAAGGAAUCGAAGCACCACUUCCAAAAACACAAAGAAUAAGCAAGAGGGCCGGACCGUAUCACGCUUAUAAAACAUGGAGAGAAAGUAUGCUGAAAGGGAUCAACAAUGCCCACCACCCAAGAACGCGAGGUAAUUUUGAAUAUCAUACGUCUGUAUAUCAUCUGUUUUACAUGUUUGUGUGAGCGUCGCACGUAGUGGUGCUGUGUUUUGAGGAGCUUGAGGUUGCCAUUGAUUUCACUUUGUCCUUUAACAUACAGCAAAAUGGCCUAAACAGGAAUUGAAUUUCGUUCCAGCUGAGUUCUUCAGACAGUUUCUAGCCGAUCUGGGCAAGCCAACAGUGUACUCCGUCAAAGACACCAGCCACUGGAGAGAUCAUAUAUUCGAUACAAGUACGAGACGGAUUUCUUUCAAGAUGUUUGAAAUGAAAGCAAUUCGAUCUGCGUUACUGGAAAUACAGAAAGCACAGGCCUGGUGCGGUAACAGAGCCAUAAAUGAUGAUGAUGAAAAUGAGUUGGACGACAUCAAAACGGCCGAGGACGCCAUUCAUGCAGCUAUUAAACGUGCCAGAACGACCAGAAAGCGUACAUCGUGCAGAAGCCUGUUACACGUCAGUUGCGAGAGUCGGCCGUCACGAGAGUUUGAAGUGAUCUGGUGGCCGGACAUGUAUGAGAGCAUUGGCUACGGAAAUACGCCAUUGCAGUAUUACGUUGGGAAAGUAUUUCACUCGUGAACCACUAAACUGAAAAUCCCCUCUGAAAAUUUCGUUAAGUUAUCUUUACAUGCUCAACCACAACUUUGGCAUAAAGUUGAUUUUACACGGAACGACUUAUUCGUGUCGCUUAGCGCGGACAAUUCUUAACAAGGACACUGCGGGCAAGUUUUCUCAACACGCUGCCACAACAAAAAUAAUGAGUGCGAGUGGUCGUCAAAAAUUAUAUGGUGUAACAUCACUUUAAGCUGUUAGAAUAUUUUCCAUUGCAAUAUUUCAUUUUGUUGAGAGUUAUUACAAAUUUUCGAUCAAUAGCUUGUUUAUUCCACAGCGCGUGCACGAGCGUGGUUCUGAAAGUGCGUGAGUCAGACAUAACAAACGGACAUACAUGUCCGGCCACCAGAUCACUUCAAACGGAGUCACAUUUACAUUUAUUUUAUUAUAACUAAAGCGGACACAAUUCUAAGACACAACUUGAAUUGAUUUCCUUCUUUUAACAAAUUUGCAGAAUUAGUAUAACUACAUCUGUUUACUCCUGAAAAUAUUAAAUCCACGUUACGCGUUCUAUAAUUUUUGCGUUUGUCAUAUUAUUUCGAGAUCUAUUACUAAAGCCGGGGCCGAGCUAUCAACUUAGUCCCUACAGUAUUGCCUUAAUGAAACGAAUUCACACCGAAAUACGGGUAUUCUAAGCACCCAAGCAUCUCGGUUGUUUACGGGUAGUGAACCUCAGGCAUUUAAAAACUCGCGUUCAACUUAAAAUCUUCUUAUCAGAGUACCCUUGUAAACACCAGGUGAAACGGAUUCACACCUAAAUACGAGUGUUUCAAGCACCCAAACAUCUCAGUUGUUUACGGGUAGCGAAAUGUGGCAUUUCAGAGCUCGGGUCAAUCUAGUAAAUUUCUUGUGAAAAUACCCUUGUAAACACCAGGUGAAACGAAUGCACCCAAGCAUAUCUGUUGUUUAAGGGUAGCGAAGUUGCGGCAUUCGUUCAACUUAAAAACUUCUUGUACAUUUCAAUUUUUCUAGUUCAAGACUUUCAAUUUUUGCAUUCAAAUUUUGUAUGGUCUGCUCUUCAUUGCUUUUGGCGCCAAUUCGAGAGUCAACACAAACACCAUUCACAUAGCUCUUUAUCUCGGCAAAAAAUUCAGAUAAAACGAUUCUUUCGGAAAUUUCUCGCGGUCGCAAAAGGCCGACAAAAAGUCCAAAUGAACUCACAAUAUACACUUUGCCUGGUUGUCUUUGAAGAGUCUCCCCUUUCUCUGGGACCCACUCGUCGAACGGCCUCUUCCCGCCAUUUUUGCUCAUUACACUCAAUUCCCGCUUUGAUACGGAGAAUAUUUCGUCUGGAAAACGGCUGAAAAAGAUAUUCUGAGAAAAGAAUCGUGGAAUAAUUCCACAUGAUUCCUUUGUGACUGCAUACCAGUUCUUCUGAUGAUCGAUGCAGGGUGCAAACACUUGAUUAACUGGCCACGAGAGAGUCGGCUGAGGAGCGGGAGAUUUUCCCUCCAUCGCGUUUCGGCGCCAAAGCAGUACUGAGUUCACUUGAAUUUUAUUUUUGCCUCUCAUUUUUGAUAUUAACUAUUCCUGGUUAAUUAUAAAUCUAAAUUUCCCGUUUUGUACAUUUGUGCUUGUUGAGCUCAGUGGCGCGCCACACAAACAUGCGUUUUAAGAGUCUGGGAACAAGUAACUUACGUAAUAGGUAUGGUUGUAUGAUAAUUCUCGUAUCUUUUCGCGUUUCGAUAAAAUGGUCCUCUCCUGAUCGUUUACGACAUGGAAAAAUGAGAGUUAGACAAGCUACAUUCAGAAAAAAUAUCAGUAUUGUGGUAAAAUCCUUGAUACUGCUUCAAAACUCACGCGCGCAAACUUCACGGACAACGCUCCAAAAUAUAAAAUAUUUCUCUUAACUUGUUUUUUUGAAGCACCGAAAAUGGCGGCAAGCUCAAUUUUGACACUCUUCCAGCAUUUGGUUCGCAUCGAUUUAAAAACAUCUCGCUACUUACGAGUGAUAUCACUCCCUCUAAUAAAGAAAAUUUAAAGGGCGCAUAGUGAAGUGUUCAGAGGGUAGAUUUCCAGUAAGUGCGAUGUUCCAGCUGGAAUUGUUUAAUACUGACAAGAAAAACACGGCAGAGAAAAUAAAAAAAAAAUUGUUUUUCAUUAUUUUACUUCAUUUGAGUUUUUUUUGGGGUGGGAAAACACGUUGCUCGCUUGCAAAGUCCGCAAAUGUUGUAAACUAUCCCAUUGCAAAAUCUGCCGUGGGUUAUUAUUUCAUGAAACGUGCUAAUUGAUAUUUUAUAUGUUAAACGUGUUAAUUGAUUUUGUCCAACAAAAGUAAAAAAAGCCAUAAGUAUAACUGACAGGAGUUAACGCCUCGAGUAGAUGGUAGGGGGCCGAAUUCUUUUGGUGUUCAAAGCUCGUCAUGAGUAACACAUCCUGGCGGAAACUCGACGAUGUACUUUAAUCAAAUUAAUGGUAUUUUUAUUAUCUUAAAUUCUAUAAACUGCUAAGAAUUCUGAAUGAUCUUUUAAGGAACAAGGUAACCAUUUCUUCAAUUUUUGAAUGAGGAUACAUAAAGAUAGUUUUAGAGAUAGCAAAGCCGAAAUAUUCCCACGAAAUGCUUAAAUUGUUGAAGAUUUUCACGGUAUUUAAGCAACUUAAUUCUGAUGUUACUUUUUCCAUUAAUAUUCUAACAAUUAACAAUUGGUUCAUGCGUCAGCAUGCUUUCAUAGAGAUAUGAAGCACGCUCGUGCUAUUGAACUUGGAUACCUAAAUUUACUAACUAUGUCAUGAUGUCAAGUUGUACAGCGAAGAGGAUAUUAGUUCAACGUCAAGUUAUAUUUAUUAUAAAGUAAAUUUUCAUCGUUUGGAUCAUCAGGUGCGCCGAAGUUCACUAAAGAACCUCGAAACCCAUUUCUUGUUGUGGAAGGUGACAAUAUUACCCUUGAAUGGGGGCAUACAUUUGGCGAAAGUGAAUCGUUCUUUUUCCUGACCAUUGUAAAAGGUAACCUCGCUGUGGUGACCAAAUUACCUAGCACACUCAGUAUACCAACCUUGUACCAAGGUCGCUUACACGCUAACAUUACCGCUAGUUACGCAUCAGUCACUCUCCUGGAAGUGAAUAGAUUGGAGAUGGGAAGCUACACGUUAAGAGUAUUAUCUUAACCAGAUGGAGAAUCAAAUUCAAGUACAGUGGAUAUUUCAGUACUGUGUAAGUACAAAGAACUAUUAAAAACAAGGUAACAGCUACAUACUAAAAAAAAUCAUUUCAUUUAACUUUGUCACUUAACAAAACUACAAAGCAACAAUGGCAUACUGCAUGUUCGAAUUAUUUAUUAGCUCUAACUCCGACGCUGUUUACUUUUCAGUUGAACCCGAGGUUACAAUUGAUGGCGAUCAUGAGCAAUAUGUGGCCAAAGGCAGCGAUAUCCGGCUGAUAUGUCGGCAUGACGCGUUCCCACCAGUGUCUGAAGUGCAGUGGAUAAAAAACGGAACUGCGAUUUCUGGAAAUACGUCAAGGCUGAUUAGUGAUUCAAGAGUGACAAUUUCAUCUUUCAGUAAGAGUCAAAUACAAUUGACAAUCACUGCAGCUUCCCUAAAGGAUGGGGGAAAUUACACCUGUAGAGUCAUGAAUAUUUUAAACAGCACUCAGGACACGACACUGAUCACAAUUGUGGGUAUAUUAGUAAAACGUAUGUAUAUAUAUAUAUUUUUUUCUUUUUUAAUUAUCGGCAGUGAAUUAAAAAACAGACAAGGAGAGAUCUGUUAAAUACAUUUGGAAAACAAUAAUUAUUACACGAACAAGAAAAUUAUAAUUUUUUUUGUGACAAGCUUGCACAAAUACUGUAUUUAUCCACAGAUAAACCUGAGAUCGUAACUCAUCCUCACAAUAUCACAACGGAAAAAGGUCAAAACGUAACGUUGUAUUGUAACGCUACUGGAAAUCCAGUUCCGACGAUAUCGUAGAUAGAUAGAUAGAUAGAUAGACGUUUAUUAAGAAUACCUUAAUAGCAGCUGGAAGCUGAAUUACAAAGGUGUACAAAUUAUAUAAUAGAACUAUACAAUAAAAUCAAACCUAAAAGGGAACUAAUUUACAUAUGGGCCCAUAUACAAUUGUAAAAGAUGUCAAUUAAAAUGUCUUGCGCUUGCUGGAAUGAAAGUAUCUCUGAACCGAUUUGUUUUGAAGGAAACUCUAAAUGGUCUGCGUCGUCGUAACUCCAUAAGUUGAUCUCGGUUGUCGAAAGGCAGUAAGUGGUACAAACAAUCCAAGGGAUUGGAGACGAUGUUGUUAAAGAAUUUUAAGCAAAGGUCUUCCCUCCGAUCCCUUAGGGUUUUCAGCUCUGCCAUCUGAAGCACUUCUCUAUAAUGAGUAUCAUAACCGUAUAUAAUUUUCAAGGCUCUCUUUUGGACACGCUCUAAACUUAAGCUCAAAUAAUCGGGGAGACUAUAAUGGUAGACCUGACAUCCAUAAAGUAAGACGGAUUGAAUGCAAGCAACAUAAAAAUUCACUAAUUCUGGUGAUGGUACCUUGGCUCGCUUUAACUGAGUUAAAAAGUAAAGGCGCUUAGCGGCCUUUUUAAUCAUCUCAGUAACGUGAGUGUUCCACUUGAGGUUGUCUUGAAAAUACACACCCAGUAAUUUCACGACACUAACGGCGCUAACCUUAGAGCCAUUAAUUUCUAUGAGAUCGUAGGAAGGGGGGAGCGCACGAAGGAAACUCUUAGCUCAUUACAUUUUUUGGAUGAAGUUGAAACGAGUUAAGUGUUGACCAGGUAGUUACUUCGUUUAUCAUAGACUGAGCAUUGCUAGGACCACCCUUGCUUAUGAUUUCAUACACUGUCGUGUCAUCUACAUAUUUUAUACAAUCACUGGCUGAUGGUACUUUCAAAUCAUUUAUCAUAACCAAGAAUAGCCACGGUCCCAAUUUUGUUCCCUGCGGUACUCCUGCUCGGACCGAUCCCCACUCUGAGAGACAAUCAUGUGUAAGUUUGACCCUUUGUUUCCUAUCUUUAAGAAAGGCUAUUAUCCAAUUAAUGAUGUAAGGGUUGAUAUUGUAGGUCGAGAGUUUCGAUAGCAAGAGGCUGUGAUCUAUCAGAUCGAAGGCUUUUCUAUAGUCCAACGCAAAGAUCCGCACGGUGUUCCCCGUUCCGUCUGUUGCUUGCGCCCAAUUGUGCAUCAGGUUUAUCAAUGCAUGCGCAGUGGAGGAUCCUGGAAUACACCCAAAUUGAUCGGGUUCCAGGCGUUUCAGAAGUGCUGGUUUCACAUGUUCAUGGACGACGUAGUGCUCGGCAAUUUUGGACAACGUUGGUGUCAGUGAAAUAGGUCUCAAAUCUUUCGCCGCAUCCUCAACUAUCUUUGUUUUGGGAAGAGGGGUGAUGUUUGCACAUUUCCAAAUGUCCGGUAAAGUCCCUUGACUAAUCGAGGAAUUGAUGAUACAACGAAGAGGUUGAGCGAGCUCAGGAGCGAAGUCACGCAAGACCCAGUUUGGGAUAUUAUCUGGGCCCCCAGCUUUGGAGGAGCUGACCGUACUAAGGCAUUUGAAGGUAGCUUCCAGUGAAAUAAUGGGAGUUUUAAAACCCUCAGUGCUCACAGUUUCGAUAUUAUCUAAAAAGUGGGUCAAACGAAGCUUGAGGUUCUAGCAGAGCUGUGUUGAUUUCAUUAGCCAAGAUCUUAAGGUUGAUUGAGGUAGCUGGUUUACUUGCUAGGAGCUGAUUUGCGACACUUGUAGAUGUUUUGUUCAUUCCACAUAACCGCCUACAUUCGGACCACCACAUUUUAGGAUUGUUUUCGGUCAAAACGCUGACUUUAGUGUUGUAAUAAGAGCGUUUGCAGAGCUUCCGUUCCCUGUUUACUUUGUUCCGGUAGUAGUGGAACAAUGGUUUGUUGUCUUGGUAAUAUGCUCUUUGACGGUGUGCUAUAAGUGCCUUGAGUUUGGGUGAAAUCCAUGGUGCGUCGUUUCGGUGGAACUUAACUCUUUUUGGGAAGAAUAGAAUCUAACCCUAUGUGAAUUAGGUCACUGAAGUGAGCAUACUGUUCUUGGACGCUAUCUAUAGUGUCGAUUAAUGACCAGUCGACCCCCGUCAUAUAACGACCAAAAGCCUGUUUGGACUCAGCGUUAACAGCACGUGUAGUAACCGUUCUGUUUGCAGGAAUAUUGGCCUUCGAUCUAAUUUUUGGAAACAAACCAACAGUACAAUGAUCGGAUAGUCCGAAGGGCGGGAAUGGAGAAGGUUUCUCGUAGUGUUCUGUAAGAUUAGUUAGCACUUUGUCGAGUGUACGAUCCCCUCUUGUUGGAAAGUGGACGACUUGCGUGAGGCGGAACUGCUUAAUAACUGGUGAAACAUUUGCCCUGUUCCAGUCGCCAGCGAGAAUUAUACCUGCGCCAGGGAUAUCACUCUCUAUCCUAGAGAGAGAAUCCAUCAUGUAUUCAAGGAGGGGCUCAUCUUUGGCAGGCGGUGGAGGAUGGUAUACUGUACCAAUGAUAAGGCAGCUAUAACCCCGGGGCAAUCGGUUGGGCGUGAUUUUGGCCCACAAAACCUCAGGGCCCUCGGGGUCAGGAAACUCAUAGUCCCGUAGAAUUGAGAAUUUGAUGGAAUCUUUUACAUAUAGAGCCACACCCCAUGUAGCUUGUGGGUCCUAUCUUUGCGUAUGAUGUUGUAGCCACUAAUGUCAACUACGCUGUCAUCAAUAGAAUCUUUCAGCCAUGUCUCCGUUAUACAACAAAGAUCAAACUCGUGGGUGUUCAAAAAAAAAUACGAAGUUCGUCUAUUUUGGUGCCAAACUCAUUACAUUAGACACAGCUAUUGGCGGUACGAACUGCAAGGUGUUUUUCCUGGCGUCGAUGUUUCUCUUUAGGCUUGAUAAUAGCCAGAUUAUUGAAAUUGACGGCUCUUUCUUCUGUGUAACGGCUGGAGGAAACACGCGUAGUUACUCUCACGGGAAUUGUUGAAAGUCUCGGUAAAGCGUGAUUAUUGAACCGUAAAGAUUCAUUCAAGAUGGAAGAGUUAUAGCAAUUAACAGUUCUUGGUCUUGUGUAACUACUGGAGAUGGCGCGUGUGGUUGUUCUCACGGGAAUUACUGAAAGCCCCGGUAAGGUGUGAUUGUUCGACUGUGAAUAAUUAUUCAAGGUUGAAAAUUCAUUCGUUUCUGAAGAAUAUUUGCUUCGGCCUGUAUUUAAUUGUGUUUUAGUAAGUCUUCCGGACCGUUUCCCUCGGUACUUAAAAAUUCCAUCCGCUCGAAUGUUCUUAAAUAGAACUGACCGUCUCUCCUGAAGGCUGUAAUUUUUCCGGAGCGACACCAGUUCGCGCCGAGAGUACUGUAGGGUCGUUGUUUGGCGAAUUGGAGAAUCAAGCUGCCGAAUUAAAUCUCUAGUGGCUCUCUGCCGGCUACCAAUGGCGAUAAUAGAUUGAGCAGGACCGGGGUUGGUCGAAAUAUCAACGUAUACCGUGAUGUCCAAUGGAGGGUCGUGGCCAGGGAUGACUAAGGAGACAAACCCGUGUUUAGUGUGCUUCUGUAUUGGAACUCUUGAUCGAUGAAAACCAUCUUUGACGAUACAAGUGCAUUUCUUCUUGAGUUGAACAGCAGUGUGCAGGGGUUCCCACCUUGAUUUAAAGGUAGCCUCGAAGGAUAAUAAAUGGUUUAGAAAUGCAGCGCUUAAACAGGAUAGAAUAGUGAUAGAAACUAGAGCUACUCUAAACGUGGCCGCCAUGAUUGGCGCCGAUAUGCUAAUAUGGUACCAUAUGGUAAUAUGGUAUGUAUCAUGGUACAAGAAUGGAUAUCUUAUAAGUAACAGCUUUAGGACCAUUUUGGUGGUGGUAGUGGUAAUAGUCAGAAGUGGUAGUAGUAGUGGUCGUAAAAACAGUGGUAGUAAUAGUAGCGGUAGUAGUGGUAGUAGUUGUAGUAAUAGUAGUAGUAGUGGUAAAAGAAGUAGCGGUAGUGCUAGUAGUAGUAAUUGUAGUAGUGGUCGUAGUAGUUGUGGCAGUAACGAUAAUGGUGGUUGUGGUAAAGAUAGUGGUAGUGGUAAUGAUAGAAGCUCAACUGUCUUUAAAAAUGCCAUUGGCAACCUAACCUGAUGAAAAACAAAAAACAAAAGAAAAUCAAAAACAGCAGAAAAGAGGACAGCUUGUUCAAAAUUUCAAAAUUCAAUGAUUUGCUUUUCGAACUUUGAUAUUAAGUGAGUAGGUGAUUUAAUCCCAUUUUGAAAGAAAAAAAUUAUGAAUAAUAUAUAUAAGACCGGAAUCUCUCUUCAUCCAGGAGUAUGAUUGGGUGUCCGUGAACUAGCAUGUACACUUCCUGGAGAAAGAAUCUCAUGCAAAGUGUUUAUCGAAAUAAUUAAGAGAGAUGAGCUUAUUAUUCACGUUUUAUUAACGAAGAACCUGUGCAACUUGAAAUAUUUUAAAAUAUGUUGAUCGAUCUGGUCUAACUCUUUUGGUAAGGAUGGAUAAACUUCCAACUGAAAUUGUAAAUUUCAGUGUUUAUUUAGAGGUUGUUUAAUUCCCUAGUUGUUCCAGACCCACCCAGAACAUUACUGUCGACACAAAGGGCUCACGAGUUAUAAAUAUUUCCUGGACGGUUGGUUUUGAUGGAAAUUGUGCCAUUAAAAACUACACAGUGGAAAUCAGUCAACAUGAUCAGAUAUUAAAGGAUGUUGUUUGUCAAGGAUCCCUCUCAAGCAGUACAUGUGUGGUUUCCAGACUCUCCACGACUGCCUCUCUGACAGGUAUUUUUCCUUGGACAACAUAUAAUAUCAGAGUGUUUGCUAGUAAUAAAAUUGGCAGAAGUAACAGCAGCCCUAUUCUGAAUGUUACCACGGAUGAAGAAGGUAUGCUGCUUACUCUAUGCAGUUUUUUGCAAUGUAUGAAAAGAGUUAUGAAGAAAAGCUACAAAUGUACCACAAGAACAUGACAGGGGAUUGGGACAUACCCUGUAAACUUCUAGUAAUCGUUUGAUGUUAACUGUUUCUCUCCUGAAGUUACCUGAUUUAAAGAAAUAUUACAUACUGUUAUGUCUGUUUUGAAAGAACAAAUCGUGUUGCUGUUUUUUGAAUCACCACCUCCAGUGUAUCAGGUUAUCUGUCACUCUCUUAAGUAAGAUCAAAUGGAGUUCCUUAGGAGUUUAUCUAACACCUGUACAAAUAUUAUUUUUGAGCUAUAAUCGUUGUUUGUCACAUUUUGACACAUUAAAGGAAAAAAGAUUAUUUGAUUCCUUUUUGCAGUGCCGAGCAAGGCUCCAAAUUUUAUUGUGACUGUUCUAAACUCAACUGCUGUGAAUGUUUCCUGGCAGGUAAUUACCAGAUAUUGCAUGUAACCUCAAACCAAUGUUUCUAUGACUACAGUAUUGACAACUCAUACUGAUUUCCCCUUUGGAGUUUUUCAUUAACCUGAGUUACUUGUUCACAUACCUAUUUUGAUGAGUAGAAUAUUGAAUAUCAUAUGUUCAACACUUAAUGUUCUCUUUGAUUGCUUCGUAACUCUACAUGUAAAGUACAUACACCAUUUAAUAAUCUGUGUUGGAGUAUUACAUGCGUGUCAAGCAAUAAAACAACGGAAACUCUUAACAUGAUUGCACAUAGACGAAAGUGCACUUGAUAGACGAAAAGUUUGGAUUUAGAAUUCUUUGCUGAUUAUCCGACAACCAUGCACGCAUACUUUGCUUGGUUCUUUGAAAUUGCGCGGACAAAAAAGCAUGCAGACGACUGUGCUCCUAACCCUUUAACUUCCAAGAUCUCAUUAGUAAUUCUCCUUACUAUCGUCCACACAGUUCCUGUAAUGUUAGCUUGGAGAAAUUGAUAUUGAAUCAUCUUGUAAUACCCUAAUUGAUAUUUUUCUUUAUUCUCAUCACCUGUCUGCUUGAUAUUGUUUUGAUAUUGUAAGAAGAAAUUCUCUCUUGGUCACUCAUGGGAGUUAAAGGGUUAAUUAACUUGGGACAGUCACUUACCUGUAGGUGACGUCAUCAACGACAUUAUUUUUACCCCCUUGUUUAGAUUCCGUGUCGUUGUGCAUCACUUAGCGGGCCAUAUUUCAUUUCAUCAUAUACCCAGCUGCUCCUGUGAGCAAUAUAAAGCUUAUCCUGUGUCCUGAUUGGUUCACAGCGGGCGCAAGGUGGGCCCAUCUCGCCCACUCAGGAUUAUUUGUUUUGAUCCCACGAGAGAAAAAAGAAUCCGUGAAGCGGACUUGUAAAGAUCGUAACUUUUGGAAAAUUUUGGCGACGGAAUCGCAAAAACCAGCAGAAGACAGUCAAAACAAAGAAGACAUGAAAGAGUCUUAUCAUUAUUUAACUACAAAUAAAGUUGGCUUUCUUAUCCGGUUCUCGAAACAAGGCAAUCUUAAUUCUUAUUGAAGCGAAAUCUUUUGCUAAACGAUAAAUCAUUGACCUAGUUUGUUCGGUCAAGAUGGCUAGAUAUUACCCUCGUUCUUUUGGCCAAAAUCCAGCCAUCUUGACCUCACGUUUGGUGAACAACGCAUAUGUACGGUCCGCUUAAUGCAAAAGUUUGUUUGAAUUGAAAUCUUUCCCCUCUAUUUGAACACAGAGAUAUAAUAAAUAUCUUAAUAACCUCCUUUUCUCGGUCCGAAUUGUAAGUUGUGGAAUCUCCAUUCAUGGCUCGCGUGUGUCAUAAAUCCAAGCGGAAAGACACCCGGUCUGCACAUGGAUGCAGAUCGUGAUGCAAUAAACCUUGCAAGAAUAUCAUUAAUACCUGUCUGUGGCUAGUGUGUCACGUUUUUCUUCUAAUUACAUAUUGACGUCGUCCGAGAUCUACCAAAGAUUUUUAAGAAAAAAAAAACGCGGAAUGUGUUUACAGAAAAGAAAAAGAGAGAUAAAAUUAUUUGAGUACAUGCAAUUGUUAUGACAUUGCAUUACAAUAUUUUGACGCACUGUAAUGUAUGUACACGUAGCGCGUAAAAACUAGUCGUGGUCAUCAUAUUAAAGUUUUAUUAACUUUACAACCCAGAUGCUGAGUAAAGACAUCGCCAGAGGUGCAGUCUUGGGCUAUUACGUUUUGCACCGGCUUAACAGCACUCCUCUCUGGAUUAAUAAAACUGUUGAUAGAGUUGAAUUGACAUCGUUGUUGGUGGGACCACUAAAUGAACACACUUCAUACGCGUUUGCCAUGCAGGCGUUUAACAGUAAAGGUGCCAGUCAUUUAAGUGCUUCGGUGAGAAAGACUACCGACCAGCAUAGUGAGUGUUACGUUACUUUUUUUUUAAUCAAUCUAUAUUAUUAUUCAUUUUGUUAUGAAUACUGUUAAUGUUUGUGUAAUUUCGGGCAAUUUUUAUUAGCUAUACAACCAAAACUGCUUGCAGCCUUUUGUUUCCUUCAUGGUUACGAUGACAAUUACAUUUGCUGUACAGACACUCUGAUGAUGGUAUGAAUAAAGGUAUACUUAGAGAUUUGAAGAGAUUUUCAGCCGUUCUCUCCUCAGUUUGUUGGCCAUGAAAAACGCAGGGCCUUAUGAUAGUUUCCUUUAGCUUUAAGAGCCUAGUGAGCCACCACAACUAGUCACAAUUAACGAGGUAACAUGUGCAAUACAAUUUAGAACCGAGUAGUACACCACAAGCUGUUACAGUUUGUGCUACAUCUUCUAAAAGUAUCUUCGUCUCCUGGGAUCCUGUCAUUGCUGAUGAUCGAAAUGGAAUUAUCAAAGGAUACAUCGUGAAUCAUCAAGCCUUACCAAAUGGUUACAUCGUUGCUAAGAUCCUCAAUAUCACUAAUGAGGAACAGAAUGAUAGACAAACAGUGACUUUAAGUAACCUGAAUGAGUUUACAAACUACAGCAUCGGGGUAUUAACAUUUACUGUUUUUGGAAAUGGACCAGUAAGUGUUGGCCAGGUUGUGGAGACACUGGAAGACAGUAAGUUUUAUGCCAGCAACUGCGCUGUUAAUUUUUACUUUGUGUUUGUUGGAGCCUUUAAUCGCUUUAUAUCGGCAGCUCUGUCAAUUUUCUUAAGAAGGGUUUCUUUUUUUUUAAAAAACAUUUUUUGUUUGUCCUAUGGACUCAGAAACAGUACUUUCUAAUACUGAAUGCUUUAUAUUGUCCAGUUUUGUGUUCUUCAAAUUUUUGUAGUUUUGAUUAUCUAAUAAUUCUUCCUAACCCUAAGCAAUGUGACAGAUAACAAAAGGCACUUGUCCUCUUGACAGUAGGUUGCUUUCGGGGGAUUUUCUAAUCAGUGGAAGUUUUCUUUUGCCAAAUGCUCGUUCAAAGCCUUGCGACAGUUUUACUUUUGGUCAUACAAGCCUCCGUGAUGACGUGCAAGAUCGACGAAUUAAGGUUUUAUAAACGUUGCUGAAAUUCAAAUGUCCUUUUUAACAUCAUGAUUUUACCUGUCAAACUCGGGGGCCCACCAAAGGCAACAUCUUUUAAAUAUAUAGUCGAUUUUUUCUAUUCCGGCUUUUGUUAAUUUUGUUGUUGUGAUUUACUUAUGAGCUUGUUACUAUCCAUACAAAUUCUUUUUUGUACCAGGGGGCAGUAGCCAAUGUUCCUUCCAUGCUGGUUUGCUUUAGGGAGUUUUUUCUUAAUGCAGACGUUAUCUUUUGGCACGUUCGUUUUCACAUCUUCUUGGAGUUUGAAAACAUGGUUCCUCAAACGUCAUUUUUAAAUUCCUCAAAUUACAGUAACAUGUAAGAGCGAAAGUGUUGACUUAAAAAAUGUUGGUGAUAUGUUUAAUCGUAGAUGUACUCCUUAACUUGACGAUUUUGCCUCUAGAACCGAGUGGUGCACCACAAGCUGUUACAGUUGGUGUUACAUCUUCUCGAAGUAUCUCCGUUUCAUGGCAUCCUGUCAUUGCUGAAGAUAGAAAUGGAAUUAUUAAAGGAUAUAAAGUAAAUUAUCACGCCUUACCAAAUAAUUACGUGGUCACUAAGUUCCUAAAUAUCUCUAAAGAGCAACAGAAUAAAAGACAAACGGUGACUUUAGAUAAUCUGAAUGAAUUUACAAACUACAGCAUUGGAGUGUUAGCAUUUACUCUUCUUGGAAAUGGACCGGCAAGUGUUGGCCAGGUUGUGGAGACACUGGAAGACAGUAAGAUUUAUGCCAGCAUCUGUGCUGUUAUUGUUUCUUUUAUUGUGUUUGUUCUUGCAUUUAAUUAAAUCAUAUUGGACGCAAAAACAGUACUUUGGGAUACUGAGUGUUUUAUAUUUGUCCAGCCUUUUUGUUUUAGUUUUGGUUUUCUUACAUUUGGUGCAAAGUCUUAAUAUAACAGAUAGCAAAAGGCAUAUAUUUUGUUGACAGUAGGAAACUCUCAAGGGCUCUUUCAGCGGUGGAGGUUUUCUUUCACGGCAUUUGCGACAGUUCAACUUCUGGUCUGACAAGCCUCCUUGAAAAUAUAUUGACGUACAUAAUUGGCGAAGUAAACUUUAUAAAAGUUACAAAAAUUAAGAUAUACUUUGUAACUCUAAAAUCCAGUGGCCACCAAAGUCUUCUGAUUAUAUGUCCUUUUUUUCUUUUAAGCUAUAUCAGAUUUUUGUUAGAAAUGUUAUUUACUUCGGAGCCUCUUACUUUUUCUGCAAAAUCUUUGUGUACCAGAAAGUAGUAGGCAGUAUUCCUUCCGUUCUAGUUUGUUUCGAGGGUUUUGUGUUUUGGUUUUUGUUAAAUUAUUGAAUUAUUUUUCAUUCUUUUAUUUGUUUAUUUUUCAAUAAAUGCGGACGCAUUCAUUUGGAAACUGUUCACAGUUUCUUCGAAACUUGUAAAGAUAGUUCUCUUAAACAUCAUUUAUUAACUCCUGAAAUUGCAAUCACAUGAUAGAUCGAAAGUUUAGAGUUAAAAAGUGUCGUCGAUAUAUUCAAUGUUAGAUGUACUUUGUAAUUUCAUGAUUUUGUGUUUAGAACCAAGUAAUGCACCACAUGCUGUUACAGUUAGUGCUACAUCCUCUAGACGUAUCUCCGUGUCAUGGGAUCCGAUCGUUGCUGACGGUCGAAAUGGAAUUAUCAGAGGAUACAUCGUAAAUUAUCAAGCCUUACCAAAAGGCUACAUCGUCGCCAAGAUCCUCAAUAUUACUAAUGAGGAACAGAAUAAUAGACAAACAGUGACUUUAGUUGGUCUAAAUGAGUUUACAAACUACAGCAUCGGGGUGUUAGCAUUUACUAUUUUUGGAAAUGGACCAGCAAGCGUUGGGCAGGUCGUGGAGACACUGGAAGAC